AUGCAGAUGCUGCAUGACAUGGGCAUCCAUACCGAGUGGGUGCAGCACAACGCGCGGCCCGGCACCUUGUAUGACGAGGCCCUGCGGUACGAGAAGGGCUCGGCCAUUCUCUCGACUGGGGCGCUGGCGGCCUUCUCAGGUGCCAAGACAGGCCGUUCCCCGCUCGACAAGCGGGUGGUGGAUGAGCCAUCCACCUCCGACGACAUUUGGUGGGGCAGCGUCAACGUGAAGCUCUCAGAGAAGAGCUUCAAGAUCAACCGAGAGCGCGCCAUCGACUACCUGAACACCCGAGAAAGACUUUACGUCUUUGACGGUUUCGCCGGGUGGGAUCCAGAUUACCGCUACAAGAUUCGCGUCAUCACCAGCCGGGCUUACCACGCGCUUUUCAUGCACAACAUGCUGAUCCGGCCCACUGAGGAGGAGCUGGCAAACUUUGGUGAGCCAGACUAUACGAUCUACAAUGCUGGGGCGUUCCCAUGCAAUCGGGCGACAGAGGGCAUGACGUCUGGCACCUCGGUGACGCUGAACUUCGCCUCCAGAGAGGUCGUGAUCUUGGGCACGCAGUACGCGGGAGAGAUGAAGAAGGGCGUUUUCUCGAUUAUGAACUACCUGCUGCCGAAGCGUGGAAUUCUCAGCAUGCACGCCUCCGCGAACGAGGGAAAGGACGGCGACGUCACCGUCUUCUUCGGACUGUCGGGCACUGGCAAGACCACGUUGUCCGCUGACGAGAAUCGGCUCCUCAUCGGCGACGAUGAGCAUGCCUGGACGGACAAGGGAAUCUUCAACAUCGAGGGCGGAUGCUAUGCCAAGGCCAUUGGGCUGACGCGUGAGAAGGAGCCCGAGAUCUGGGAUGCGAUCCGUUUCGGAGCCCUUCUGGAGAACGUGGUCUUUGACCAGCGGACAGGUGAAGUCGACUACGAAGAUGGCAGCAUCACGGAGAAUACCCGGGUCUCUUACCCCUUGGAGUACAUACCCAAUGUGAAGAUUCCGGCCGUCGGCGGCCAUCCGAAGAACAUCAUCAUGCUGACUUGUGACGCUUUCGGCGUCCUCCCGCCUGUGUCCAAGCUCUCGCCAUCGCAGGCCAUGUACCAUUUCAUCUCCGGAUACACGGCCAAGGUCGCUGGAACCGAGAUGGGCAUUACAGAGCCCACCGCGACCUUCUCCGCCUGCUUCGGGGCCCCGUUCAUGGUCUGGCAUCCCGCGAAGUAUGCGGAGCUGUUGGCCGACAACAUGUCGAAGCACAACGUCAACGCCUGGCUGAUCAACACCGGCUGGACUGGAGGCGGCUUCGGUGCGGGUCACCGCAUGAGCCUCAAGGACACUCGGGCCAUCAUCGACGCCAUCCACUCUGGGGACUUGGCCAAAGCUGAGUACGAGAGCUUUCCGCGAUUCAACCUGCAGGUGCCCAAGGCCUGCCCAAACGUGGAUCCUAAGAUGCUCAUGCCGAACAAGACCUGGGCCAACCAGGAUGAGUUCCAGAAGGCCUCUGAGAAGCUGGCGCAGCUCUUCAAGGACAACUUCAAGAAGUUCGAGUCGGGCUGUUCUGCGGACAUCCGCGCAGCGGCUCCGGAGUGA